AUGGAGCUCUCGCGCGUUCGAGACGACGACGACGACGACGACGACGAGCGAGAAAUCGAGAGCGAGGUCGCGAGACGCGCGAUGAGGGCGCACUUCGGAGAGCUCGGUCGCGUGUUGACGACGUCCGAGGUGUUCGUGCUCGACAUCGACGGGUCGACGUAUCGAGCGCGCGUCGCCGACGUCAACUCAAAGACGUGCGAAGAGGAAGCGGCGACGUUGGGCUAUCACUGCUUUCGCGCGCGCGUAAACGCUGAGACGACGUUCUACGUGCGCUCGAGCGACGAAAAUUCGUUGAGAAUCGCGAAUAAUGAAGGCAAAGCGCGCUCGGUGCGAUUGGCUCGGCGCGAAGUGAUCGAGGUGCGCACCAAAGACGGCGAGACGUUUCCGGUGAAUAGGCGUCUGCUUCGGCAGUGCAUAGCGUUGACGUCCGCGGUUCGACGCGCGGGAGAGCUCGGCGAGGACGACGCCGAUGAAUUCGUGAGCGCGGAUGUCGACAUCGACACCGACGUCUUCGAUCGAGCGUUGAUUUUCCUCGAGCGAGCGGCCACCGGGCAACCUCCGCCCGCGUUCGACAUUCGCGUCACCGAAGCGCUCGCGCGCGCGGCCGAGGUUUUAGAAUGCCGUUCGCUCGAAGAAUACUGCGCCGAAAAGCUCGGGGCGUACGGUUCGAGGAUACGCGAGUACGAUUGGGACGAAGUCGUCGCGCACAACGCCGCGGGAGGCGUCUGGCUCGUCAUCGACGGAAUGGUCUUGGACGUCAAGCGAUGGUUGAACGAGCACCCGGGUGGGGACACCAUCAUCCCAAAACAAUCGCUCGACAUGGACGCCGCGCGACAUUUCGAGAUGUAUCACUCCAGCCGCGAGUCGUUCUUGUACCUGAAAGAGUUUUACAUCGGCGAGGUGAGAGCUCGCGAUCGCGCGCGCGUGCCUUCGCCGUCGCCCGAGGCGAGCGAGGACUUCUUGCGUCAACUCCGGCAGUACACGACGUUUCGAAUCGAGGGCGACGUCGCCCCGACGCGCGUGCACUUGGGGCAGUAG